CCGUGGUCAGGAUGGAACCCGGGUCUUUGGCGCUGUGAGGUAACAACCUUACCGCCGCCCCACCAUGCUGCCACUGUGCACCCAGCUCGGGCUGCAGCUGAACUGGGCUGAUUAAAUGUUGCACGCAUGAUAGAGUUGUGGACGGGGGCAUUGUUAUAGCAGGCGCUGCCCUGUUUCCUGUAGUGCCCAGUGAUAAGCACGGCCUGUGGCAGGCACCAGCGGCCGGGACAUCUGACAGCUCCUCCGACGAGAUGCCAUCGGCACGCCUCACGGGACAGCAAGAUGCCGCCAUGCAGCACAAACCCAAACGGUUCAAGCAGGAGGGGGUCGAACCACAGCCGGAGCACAGUUGCCCGUCUUACACAGCACCACUGGAUCUGCGAAGCCAACAGGAGAUGCCCGGAACAUCGCAUGAAGCGGUAGCCACAGGUGGCCAGAGUAAGGCAGAGCGAGUUAAGACAGAGGAGGCAUCUCGCAACUACACCUAUCAGUUUUACAAUGUUCCUUCUGAGCAGCAGGAACGGCGAUGUAUCUCAGAUUUGUCAGACUCAUCAUCUGAUGAAGUCUCACUGAUGCAGCCCCCCGUUCAUCAGGCAGCUAACGCCCAUCACCCUGUACCGGCGGUCAAGCAGGAAGCAAGCUCCCACAAGACGAUCUACGCAGGCUGGGAAACGUUGCCAGGUCAGAGGCACAAACCAUGGCUCCAAGACAGCCCCUCGGACGAGAUCAUGAAAACCAAGACUCCCAUUUAUCGCACGACUGCAGCACGCAGUAGGCACGAGCGGAUGGUGCAAGAAGAGUCUCUGGCUGAAGGGCAUCAGAGCCAAGGCACUCCGUACACAGGGAAGCAGACACUCACACAAGUUCUACAGCAACUGGGGACUCAACGGCAUUUACGUGGCUUAUACAAAGAAUUCCCAGGAUCUUUUGAACUGCCAGAGGAACUAUCUCAGGACCAAUAUAGAGCACAGAGAAAGGAGGAUUCCACCUUCAAGAGGAGAAAUCAAUUUUGCAAAGGUGAGACCAGCUGCAAGAGGGAUCUGCCCCUUGCUGCCAAGGUGCCGGCUGGGUGCAUUAAGAAGUCGGAGCUGGCUGCAACUUACCUCCUGCGCAACGUGUACUUCUCAGCCAAGGAGAUGAUGCCGAAUUCCUCGACUGAGGCUCUGAACGAGCUGUGUUUGAGCCAGGGUGUGGGCGACAUGGUUGACCAGCUCAGCAUCUACCAGCGCGGCAGGUCGAUCGAGGAGUUGCAGCAGGCCAUUGCCCGGGUGGUGGACGAAGGGAUCCUGAAACGGGCGCGCUCCUGCAACUGCUUCAGUGUCUUGGUUGACCAGUCUGAAGAUUGCUUGGCCGAGCCCUGCCUCUUCCUCUACCUUCGAAUCACUGAGCAGGUGGCGGGAGGCUACGAGCCCAAGACCUAUUUGCUGGCGGUGAAGGAGGUGGGGGGCGAGGAAGAGGUGACGGCGGACAGGAUAACGGGGGCGUUGAGGGAGGUGCUGGAGGAGAAGGAUCUGGACGUGAAGCUGCUGUGCGGGCUGGCGAUCGACGGCACGGCGGUGUCUGCCGAGUGCAGGAGCAGAGCGGUGGCCGAGCUGAGGGUGCAGAGUCCCGGCCUGCUGUCUGUCCACUGCGUGGCCCACCGGCUGGCCCUGAGCUGUGUGUCUGCAGCCGACACUGUCCCCUACCUGGUGAAGUACCAGCACCUCCUCGACUGGCUCUACACCCUCUUGGCCCGCUCAUCCCAAGGCUGGGAUGGGCUGGACGCCGUGCGCAAGGUGCUGGGAGGCCGGGACACGGACAUCUUACCGUGCAGGUGGCUCACGGUGGCAGAUUCGGUAGAAGCCAUAAUCCGUAACUUUGACACACUCAUCCCUCUGCUCCGGGACGGCCGUUCGGCCCGUGGUGCGACGCUGGCAAAGGCCAUGUGCACCUACAAGUUUCUGCACUGCAGCCAUUUUCUGGCAGACGUCCUCCACCAGAUGUCCAUCCUGGGCAAGAGUUACCAGAGCCAGGACGACGUUGACUUCUCCAUCGUGCACCCUCUGCUCAAAUCCACGGUGACCACCAUCGACAAGCUGGGCGGGGGCGGGGACGGAGCUGGGGAGAUGCUGAAGAACCUUGUGGCCACACUGCCGACUGGUGCAGACGGAGACGCAGACGGCUCCUUCACCUUUCAGGGACAAGCGAUAAGGAGCGGGCCCCGCCAGCGGGCAGAGGCUGAGACCACAUGCGCCGCCUUCCUGCACAACCUCAGCCGCGACCUGAGGGCCAGGUUCGCCGAGCCACGGGACGCCGACACCAUCACCGCCUUGACCGCUGUCUUGGACCCCACGCACGCCUCCGACUCCAAGAGCCGCCACGUCCAGACGCUGACCGACUACCUGUCUGCUUCGCUGGGGGGUGGCGGCCAGGGCGACAAGGAGCGCUUCGAGAUGAGCUGCAAGCAGGAGCUGAUCAGCUUCAUGAACUUUGUGGAGUGGCGGCCGGGCCUGCAGCCGCUCGCCAGCACCACGGACGUGUGCCGACUGGCCCUCAAGCAGCGGCUCAUGUUCCCGGUGGUCGGCUCGCUGGCCGAGCGCUUCCUCACCUUGCCCGUCGCCACGGCCGGUCUCGGCGCCACCUUCCACAGGCAGCACAUGUUGAGGAACAGGCUGGGCCACUCGCUCUCCGCCAGCUCGCUGGAGAACCUCCUGAAGAUCGCCAUGCACGGGCCUCCCAUCACAGAGUUCAACUUUGCAGCUGCCUGCCACCAGCUGGCCGUCCACCAGGGCUAGCUACAGGCUGUAAACCCUGCUCCGGGUCUCCAUGGCUGCCAUGGGUUACAGGGCAGAAGGAAAAGGGAAGCCAAUCUGUGGCCAAAGUCUUGGAACCUUUAAGUGCUGGAGAAACGCUGCGGGUGCAGCAGCAUCUAUGGAGCGAAGGAAAUAGGCAACGUUUCGGGCCGAAACCCUUCUCUACUAGAUCUCCUCUUGGAACCUUUAUCCAUUUCACGGAAUCUCUUUAGACUUUAGAGAAUACGUCGUGGAAACGGGCUCUUUGGCUCACCGAGUUUGCGCCGACCACCAAGCACUAUCCU